AUGUCUUCUGCUUGUGGCCCCGCUUUCAUAGCAUCGCCAGUCUCCCAUCCCAAACAGCUGCUUCGGGUAGAGCUGUGCAGUGGGUUCGGCGGGUUCGGCGCUGCACAGAUCACUGACUAUAUGAGUAGCCGCAGAGCAUUUCAGCACAGUCACCAUGUUGCAUAUCGCAAUGGCAACAGUCAGGGAAUCCCCGGUCGUGUGAGCCUCUUUUUCCUCUCACGGGAGCCGCUGAGUGGCGAACCCACGGGCACCGUAAAGGUCCGAGAUGCCGCAGGAGUGAUCUAUGAGCAAGAAUUUGCGGCCGCGCGUAACGUGGAUCACCCCACGGGUAUCAGUUCAGAUGCCACUUUGCAGAGCAUCACCGGCUGGAUUCGUGACACCUUCCGUGGAUGCACCGGAAAGACCGGCUUGCUGCUGGACCUGGAUAGCUCGACCAGUAUCACUUGCUACACGAGAUAUCCGGACAUGGCACCUUUGGACAAGGCGACAGACGGAUCAAGCUUGCACGUGGUUGCCUUGGGCGAAGUGGAUCCAAAUCGGAACGACAUCAUCCCUGAUGUUGCCCCAGGGCCUAUUCGAAGUAUCUGGGCCAUCGCGCUGGAUGGCAUCAGUCCAGGGUGGUUGGGCCUCAGUCAGCAACUGGAUCCCCCUGCUGCGAUGGUGCCGUGUCCUGAUGCCAUCAUAAGGCAGCAGACCAGAGAUGAACGAGUCAUUCAUCCUUGCUCACUUGGCCGCACUGGUCGCUGGAUUUGGUUCCAAGUUGCCCCAGCAGAGGGCCGCCAGGAUUGUGCUAGCCCGCCAAACAAGAACAUUAAGCGUUCAACCAUCAGAGAUGACAAGGUCCAGGCCUUUUGCAGCAAUGUCCCGGACGGCUUUGUUUGUCCGGUGCGCUGUGAGCGGAACCGAGCUCCCACAGGCAUUGUGCGAUGCCUCAAGGGCAAAUGGGUGGCCUCUUUGAGAUGUCGCACCCCAAGACAUGCUUGCUUGGCACCCUUGAAGACCGUGACGGUAUCCAGCGCCAAUGGCCAAAAUAGUUGGAACAUUCAGGGCAUUGUGCCAGAUACGAAGGCCGACUGCGACCUUUUCACGCGCCACGGGAAGAAGUGCGCAGCGACUUGCAGUGGAGGUAACUUUGGCAGUGGACAGGUCAAGUGCCAUGGACGCUGGGGAAAAUUUCAAUGGAGCUAUAACGACUUGGCCACUUAUGAAGGGCCACUUGCCAAUGGAAUCUUCGAGGCUCGGAACAAGUUUAAAUGCAAUUCGCCCAGUCUGGACACGCUCUUUCCCCGCCCCUUGAUCAGCACAUUGGAGACACAGGCUGCCGAGGAGACCACCAUCAAGAUCACUGCAGUGGUUCCUCGCGAACCUGACAUCGUGCGUUCCUGCAUCACCACGUUCUACUUCAGAGAGGUGACUGGACGGAUGACAUGCACAACUGAGCGGUCACCGACCAGUGUCUCCCAGUCCACGUCAGACUUCGAAGCGGAUGAUCCUGAGAACAACGAUGAGGACCUCACCGACCCGGAAGUUUGCGCGAACGAUGAGUUUACCCAGCAGGACUUUUGUUUGAACGGUGGCUACGAUGGCCUUUGCUGGCGAUGCCUGGCUUCAGAGCUCACCACCCGGGACCAGUGCUGGCGCGGGCGGACAGGUGUCCAGUCUGGACAAAGUUGCGGAGUCUUGGCCGUGGCAGGCGAUUUCUACACGUGCCGCUUUGGUGGAUUUACCCAACCGCAACAGUGCUUUACAGCUCCACCUUUGGGAUACUGCGUGAAGAAGAUCUGUGCUUAUCAAGGUACCACCAAGUACUGUACCGAGUUCGAUCCACCCACCUUUGGACCAUUCUGCGUUGGCGAUGAAACUGGUGCCAACAUUGAUCACGCAGUCAUCAAGUACACCUGCUGUGAUCACAACGUCAUCACCUAUACUGGAUACUGCAGCGGUGGGGUGCCAGAGGCUAUUGCCAAAUAUGAGAUCAUGGUGGGCGCCAAGAACGAUGCCGGCACAUCUUGGAGUUUGCCCGUGAGCAUCACCUGCGCAGAUUUGCAUAUUUCCGGGCCAGAUGCCGUCAGAUAUGUCAUCCCACAGAGUUGCUCCGGUUUGUUGCCUGGGGCCACUUGCAAAGUCACCUGCGGUGAAGCCUACAUCACCCAGUCGACGGAACCCAAAGGCAUUUUCACUUGCCAGAACGGUAAGAAUGAGCAGCCCUUUGGAGAGCUUCCUGUUUGUCGACUGAAGCCGGGCGGCGGUGGCAAGAUCAUUUGUGGUCCUUCAAACCCGGUCAGCACCACCACAACGACCACUGCGGCGCAAUGUGCCCAGUGUGCAGCCUUCCGUAAAGGAUGGAAGAAUUCCGCUUACACCCAAUGCCGAGCUUGGGGAGAUCCGCACAUCUCAAAAAGCUGGAGACAGAAGAAGAAGUUUAAUCACCAAGGCACGGGAGUCUUCCGCUAUGCCACCAGCAAUGCUUGUGCCGGGGGAGACUUUGAACUUCAAGCUUUCCAAUGCCAAUACAAGAGCACGCGGAACUCCGUCAUCACCAGUGUGAAAGUGCAGUUCAACGGUGGCGACAAGGUCUUCAUCACGGAGAACUCGAUCUCCCUCGAUGGCUCACCAGCCGUGGAGCCGUCGGAUGCGAUUCACAACGACAAGGCCGGCGUCAACAUCCACAGCGAUGACAAGUGCAUGUUCUUGCACGUGAAUGUGAAGAAGAUGAGCCGGAACCCAGGUUUCAUGCACAACUUUAAGCUCCUGGUUUGGGAGGAGGAUCUCACGGCGGAGGGGAUUUGUGGAGCACAAGAUUUGAAGAACGAGUAUGUGGCGCCAGAUAGCUUCUCGGAGCAAACAUCAGACUCAAUACAUUCUAUUGCGGAGCACUGGAGUUACCAGAAGCUCGAAGCGUAA